AAGAAAAAUCAAACAUGAAUUAGUAAAAUAUGGGUUCGGUUCGGUUCAACUACACUCCUAAUCAAAGGCAGCCCAGGCGGGCCGGGUCUUACCGCCUCGAUUUUAUGGUAGGAUUGGGUAGGAAAAAACGCGGGAAAAGUAAGACGAUGAAUCUGCAUUUUGAUGGGAGGGAGAGAGAAUCGAAAACUGAGCAAUAAGGGAAUCGUUUAGGAGUGAGAUUUAGGGUUAGAGUUACUACUGCAAUUCAAUUAUCUUAUAAGAAAUGGAGGAAGAGGGAAAUUUGGAGGCGGGAACAAUGGGAAUAAUAAAUUUAACGAAAAAUCAAGAUGAAGUGACGAAUCUCAGUGGUCAGAUUCAUCGCCUACCUUGCUGCAUCAAAUACGACGGUCCUUGUGCCGUUUCACACUAUUUCAAACCUAACCCUACCGGGGUAGAAUCGGAAGGAUUAAUUAUAGAGGAAUCUUAUUUCAGAGGAAGGAAAUUGCAGGGUGCUACUGUUCCUCUUCCACCUGGUUAUUCUGGGUUUGUGAUUGGAAAAAAGAAGAACAAGUGUUUUCAAGAAAACGAAAAUUCUAACUGUUGGGAGAUGAAUGCCAAAUUUGAAAAUGUAACAUAUUGGAAUCUUGACACCUUGCCCUCACUUGAUGAUACUUUCUCGCGUUCCUUCCAUUGGUUAUCUGUUGCUCAAGCGCUGCACAAGCCAGUAACUGCUGAAGAUCUAGCUUCUGCAUCUAUCACUCUGGAGAAAAAGUGAAUGCAGUGAUUGUUUCCAAUCUGUAAUCUACAUUUGGCUAGCAUCUGAUUAUCCUAACCUUGAAGUAGGUUUUUACAUUUCACUAUGGCAAAAACUCCCUGGAGCCAUACAAACACACAGCUAUGUGCCUGCAUCUGAAGUUAAUAGUUACAUCUUGUGUAUCACAGUCUAUUCAAACUGCGCUUCUGCCAGGUUAGCCUCAGACUUGAAUGAACUAAGUAUUUUUAUUUGGGCUCUUUGAAGUGCCAAACAUAUUUUGACAUCAACUUUGUAACUUCUGGGUUAGCCGUUAAUAAUUGAUAAUGGCUUGUCCAUACAGUCACCAUGAGACCAAAGCUGAGUGUGUUAGAUAUGUUAAAUUUGAUAAUGGAAAUGCUAGUUUUGCUAGUUUAAAUCUGUA